CCCACACGUCGUCGUCAACAAGAGAAGCCGACCUGAGUUCAGUGCUAGCUCUCUAUCUACCGCUAGCUCGCUAUCCACCGCUAGCUCCGCAUUACAUCCUCCAGGCAGAGGAACUAAACUCGUCUAAAGACUAACUUUCCCUCGACAACUUGGUCUGAAUCCACACCCAGCGGGUCGAGUUGGAGAGCGCUCAUUUCAUCCAGAAGUCUGACCGAUGGCGUGCGGCGCCACCCUGAAGAGGAGCCGGGACUUCGACCCCCUGAUGAGCCCCGCGUCCCCGAAGAGGAGGAGGUGCGUCCCGGUGUCCCCGUCGCCGAGGAAGUACCUUCGCAUGGAGCCCUCGCCGUUUGACGAACCGUCGUCAAGAUUUACUGCAGAGCAAAUAUUGCAGAACAUCAAACAGGAGUACAAACGGCUCCAGAAGAGGAAGCAUCUGGAUUGUUACCAGCAGUCGGAAGGCUGCUUCUCUCUGGACUCCCCGUGUCCGUCCUCUCUCAUGUCUGCCCCGCCCGGCCUCCCAGGGUCCUCCUCUGGCAGCGUCUCCCCCUCCAGGAGGGAACAGCCGUUAUUUACGCUCCGACAGGUCGGCAUGAUCUGCGAGCGCCUACUCAAAGAGCGGGAGGAGAAGGUCAGGGAGGAAUACGAGGAGACCAUGACCUCCAAGUUGGCAGAACAAUACGACACCUUCGUGAAGUUCACACAUGACCAAUUAAUGCGACGAUUCGGCGAGCAGCCAGCCAGCUAUGUGUCCUGAGUGACAAUUUCUCGCUGCAAGAAAAUAUUUUGUUGAAAACCUCUGGCUGCAAGGAAAGACUGAAGAAAAGAGAAGAGGAAAUUCAGUUUAGCUAGUUUAAAUAAAAACCUUUCUUAUUGUGCCAUAAAUCAGUCUUUGGGCAAAGGUUUAUACGAUGCCGUUGUCAGUGGUUACCACUCUUGUUGUAAGCAGCUAGGUGCUUCCUGAUGUAAAUGAACAGACCCUAUCUCUACCAGUGGCCUAUGUUUCUCUUGCUGUAAGUGUUUUUAAAAUUCUUACUUUUAUAAAGAUUCUCGGCAUUCCAGACUUUAAUUGUUCAUCGUAUGAUUUCCGAAGGUUGCGUGUAAAUAUGAAAAGCCAGGAGGUAUGCUGGCCAGUCUUUGGACAGUGAAGACGAGUGUGCGAUGAAGAGUUUGCUGCCCUCAGUUCAUUGUUUUGUACCUGAGCACAAAGUCACUGAUUUGACCCUUCUCUCCCCAUCACUUUAUUUAUUUAGACAUUUGUUUUACUGGUAUUACUUUAAAGCCAAUGUAUUUAGUGGACAACAAAAUCCAAAUAAAAUGUUUUAAAGCGUUAA